CUUUUUCACAACAACUCAAUUCGUCCAGUUUCGAUAGGCAGUUUCAAGCGGCGUGAGGCCGAUCAAAGUAUUUGGUGUAGCAUUGACUUAGAGUUUGGUGUGCUGAGAGCUAGGUAAAAGCAGUUGCUGUCUGCAGACUGCUGUUUGGACAAAAUGAAUAUCCGCUGUGCAACGCCCGAGGAUCUGCUGAACAUCCAGCACUGUAAUCUGCUAUGCUUGCCUGAAAAUUAUGCAAUGAAAUACUACAUGUACCACAGCCUUUCCUGGCCCCAGGUAUCGUACGUAGCGGAAGAUGAGAGCGGUCGCAUCGUUGGAUAUGUUCUGGCUAAAAUGGAAGAAGACAGUGAAGAUGCGCCGCAUGGACACAUUACAUCAGUUGCAGUCAAGCGCUCAUGCCGACGCCUUGGUCUUGCACAGAAGAUGAUGAUCCAGUCCUACCAAGCAAUGGUGGAAAACUUCAAUGCGGAAUAUGUAUCACUCCACGUCAGAAAGAGCAAUCGUGCUGCUCUGCAUUUAUAUCGGGAUUCAUUGACCUUUACGAUCACCGAAAUUGAGUCAAAGUACUAUGCAGAUGGUGAAGAUGCAUAUGCAAUGAAGCGAGACCUUUCGUCAGUGAAAGCUGAGCUUGCUGAACAGCGCAAGGCAGAUAAGCGAGAGAGUAAACUUCUUCAGCUGGUUCGCCAACGUGUAGCCAACACUCAAUCCAACCCAGCAGAAACGUCUUGAAGCUCACCUUCAGUCAGUUUCUUUUACCAAGGCGUCUGCCCCAGCGCGCCCCGCGUGUACAAGGUCCGUUACCAAACCAGACAAGAUCACCUCUGUACAUACAAUUGUACAUGUAGACCAGUUGGUGAUGAGUUGAGCUUGAUUGCUUUACUAAUCUCAACCCCCUCCCCCCCCCCCCCCUUUCUACCUCUACUACCUCUAGGUAGAUUUCUCUGUCUUGAUUCCUGCUGGACAUGUACGAGUCGCUGGAUUUUUUUCUUAUUUUCAAAUGCUUCCUGUGCCUUUCUUGCAGCAAGCUGUUUGAAUUCUCAGCUCGGGCCUGCAAACGGUACCCUGAUAUGCACUAUCUUUGGCUAUGCGCGUGGUGGUGUCUACAUUUAUCAUCAAGAGUUCGUAAACUGGUGUAUGCAACUCGCCCAGUGGUGUGGAGAAGCGUAAUUCUACGUUCAUGUCAUUUUUACUUGUUCACCCGUUGGUUCCUGUUCUUCUGCAGUGCCACACGAUCGUCCCCUGUA